UGAAGUUACAUGGAUUCAAACUGAUCCUUCCAUUAUCUGUUACUUUUAUAUUGAGAUAAUAAUUCGAAUUUUGUACAAAAUGGACUCCCUACUGUUAAUCCAUGUCUGAAUUGUUACAUUCGGUUGAAUAUUAUUCCUUUUCCUAUAUUCCAGGAAGACGAAUAUGUUCCAACCAGAUGAUUUAUCGAGUUUUUGAAAUUAUUUUUUACAAAUGCCUGUAAAAUGUCUAAAGUUAAUUUUGAAUUGUCGAUUCCUUCGGCUUUAGAUAAAAAACUAAAAGAAAUUAUUGAUCCGAGUGAAUUUGGCUCUAGAGGAUUUGUUUUACGUUCUUAUAGGGGGAAAAUUUUCAACGUUAAGCAUCAUGGAAAGAAGAUCAUCGGGGAUAAGGAGCUGUAUGACCAUAUGUCAACCAACUUUACUUGGCUUAUGGAUUACUUGAAAAAUGAAAACCCAUAUGAAAAAAACUCAAAUCAGUUUGAAUCUAAAAUCAGCCACCUACUUGGUGUGACAAAAGAUUAUUUAUCUGACUCCAUUCUCAUCGAAAGCGAGCCCCCUGACUUAGUUUUGGACUUUCCUCCCGAUGCUAAAACUCAGCAAGAGGAUGAUCAAACUUUCGUCAAAACUGACACAUUUAGUUCGCCUAAUAACAUAGAUGGGAAAGUUAACACAUAUAAACUUAAUGGUUCAUCACCUGAUUAUUCUGGAGUUUUAAAGUUUGAUUUAUCAUCGUUAAUGGGGAACCUAAACACGUUCGACAAUUUGAAGAAAAUACUCGAACCUGUUCCGAAUGCACCUGAUAUUACAGAUACACUAUUAUAUCAGUACAUGAAACCCAGGAGUGGCCCAUUUGUGGACACAUCUGAAGUAGAAAGGGUAAUGUUUAGUUAUCCCAUUGAUUUGAAAAUGGCAAAUUUACUUAGAACAGCUUUCGAAAAGUCGAGUUUGGAAGCAUACAUCAAGUUGGUAAAUCAAUUUUCAUCCAGGUGUUUCAAGAUUAAUAGAGAAUACGUUAAACCUAUGACAUUUUGGAAGACUUGGAUACUUAAUGGGUUUCAUUUAAUUUUUUAUGGAAAUGGGUCAAAUAGUAACUUGUUAAAUGCGUUUUCUAAGAUCGCCUUGAGUGAUUCACCAAACAUUACCAUAAACGCAUAUGCCAUCAAGGGUUCCGACUCCUAUCUCUGGAAUUAUCUUAGUGACAAGAUUCUGGAUACGAAAACAGUUUCAAAGUCUGAAGGUUUAAAGAGAAUUUCAAGAAAGGUUGAGUCAUUUAAUUCUUAUUUUUAUAUAAUUAUACACGGAAUUGACCUUUUCUUGUUGAAUGACGGAUUCAAUACCUUGAAGGAUCUGAUAGCCCUUAAAAAUGUUAAAGUGAUAGGAUCAAUGAAUCACCAGAAUUCAGGACCAAUUUUUAACGAUUUUGAUAGAGUAUUGGGGAAAUAUAGGAUUGUUCACACCAACACAUUUCACGAAUUUGGACAAGAACUCAUUUCCAUAUGGCAAAACACACCGCCUAAUUUCUUUAUGAACAAGAAAGUACAGAAGAGCGCAGCUCAAAUACAGACUAUACUGGAGGCUCUUAGCAAGAAUCACCAGAAACUGUUCUCACUUAUCGCACAAAUACAACUAGAAACCACUAGAGAUACCAAGAAGUUUAUUGGAAUUGAGAAGAAUUCCAUACUUCAUGAUUCUAGGGCCAUUACUAUUUGCCAUAAUGAAACUAAAUUGGACAACCUUCUGACCGAAUUCACUACACAUGAUGUGAUUGAACAAACUCGUGGGCCUGGAGGCAGAUUAUUUCUUAGGAUUCCAUUUGAAAAUGAACAGCUCGAUCGCUUUAUUAUUUAGUUUUUAAUGUUUACACCCCAUUUCUUUUGAUCUUAUAAACAAGUUUAUAAUCUUUGCUGUUUUGAAUUUUUUCCUUUUUUCU